CAAUAUCUCGGCGCCUGGGCUGAGGAGGGAGAUCCAAGCGGGGAAGAGAGUCGAGAGCGGCGGCCGGUUGGCGUCGGCGAGCGCGCGGGCGGGGGACAUGGCCGGCUGGGGAGAAGGAGGUCAGAUUCUCAUGGAUGAGGAGGAUGGAAAUACAAUGGUCUUCUCUGUUCUAAAAUCAUUCAGCAACUACUUGUCAAAUCCUAGGGAAGAUAAAUCUGAAUUGGCUACCACACAAGUGGCUCAAGGUUCUCUGCAGAUGCAGUAUGAGCAGAUGAUGAAGCGUGAAGAUCAGGCUGGGCAAAUACGUUCAGAGGCACAGCUUUUGCAAAUGGAGCGGGAGAAAAUGCAAAUGGAACUGAGUCACAAAAGGGCUCGAAUUGAACUUGAGAAGGAGGCUAAUGCAAAUGCAAGAAAUUUUGAGCGGGAGGCUGACCAUAACAAAGAGCUCCUCAAGCGUAUUAAGCAAUGUCAGGAAAGAGAAACUGAGACCGAAAAUAAGCUUCAAGAACAAAUUGAGAUUAACAAAUCCUGUCAGAAGCACACAGAGUCUCUGAAUAAGAAGUUGCAGGAGAAGGAGAACAAGCUUGCUGAAGCCAAUGAAACAAUUAGUGUGUUGAAAGGAAAGAUAUCGGAGUUGCAGUGGAACUUAACAAAUCAGGAGAUGAAAAUGAAAACCUGUGAAUCGCAGAAAGAGGAGCUGACUGAACAGCUGGUUGUACUACAAAAAAAAUGGAGAGAGGCCAGUCAACAAAUUCAGUCUCUACAUGCAAAGGAAGCACUGAUUGCUGAGAAGGAGCAGAAAGUUCAGGACCUGGAGCAAAAGCUCUCGUUGCAAGAACAAGAUGCUAUAAUUGUGAAGAACAUGAAGAUGGAGUUGGCACAAUUUCCCAAAAUGGAGCGGGAGCUGCGGGAGCUCAGGGAGGAGAAUGCUUACCUUAGAGAAAUAAAAGAAAACAAUGGAUUGCUCAAAGAGGAGGUAGAAGGUCUCCAGAAGAAACUAGUGCGCUAUGAAAAGGUCCAGGCAGAAAUGGUAGCCUUGGAAUUGGAGAAGGAGAGACUUCAUGGAAAGCUGAAUACCUGGGAGAAACUGGAUCACAGCACUGGCUUAGAUAUCAAGAGCCCUGAUGAUCUCUCCAGGCACAUCAUUGCCCUGCAGCAACGUGAACUUGUUCUGAAAGAACAGAAUUCUGCCAUCUCGAGCAGUGCUAGACUAUUAGAGAAGGCACGGAAGCAACUGCAAGAAGAGUUGCUGAAGACCCAGAGCCAGCUGCUGGAGGAGAAGAAAAAACGUGAGCAGCAUGAAUCGAUGACCAGGUGCUUGCAAAAACGAGUGCAGCUGCUUAUAAAGGCACGUGAUGGAAUGAGAGGAAUUCUGGAUUCCUAUGACAGUGAGUUGAACCCAUCAGAACACACUCCUCAGCUGAACUUGCGUGUGCGGGAGGCAGAGGACACGGUACAAAAAAUGCAAGCGCACUGUGGUGAAAUGGAGGUUCAGCUGUCCCAGACUUUGGAAGAAGCUGGGAAUCAGAAACAAAGAGCGGACCUGUUGGAGGCAGAGCUACAGGUGCUGAAGAGCCAGACGGGCGCCCAUCACCAGAGUAUCUUCAUCACUAGAGAGGAAGUGAAUGCGCUGAGAUUAAAGAUUGAAGAACUGGAGACUGAACGAAGCCAGUUGAAGGAGGAGAACAGAAACCUGGAGAUGAAGAUGGAACAGAUAACUCUUCAGGGCUAUCACGAUCCCAGUAAAACUAAAGUGCUCCACUUCAGCUUGAACCCAGCAAGCCUGGCUAAGCAGCAGCGUCUUGAGGAGCAAGCGCAUCUGCGGGAGGAAUGCCAACGCUUGAGAGAGCUGGUCAGAGUACUGGAAGCAGGAGACUCUAUCCCAGAAAAACUUGAGGGGGCGGCAAGUCUCCAGUCAGCUCAAGAAAUUGCAGAACUAAAGAAACAAAUGGAGAGCGCUGAACUGAAAAACCAGCGCUUAAAAGAAGUUUUCCGGGCAAAGAUCCAGGAGUUCCGCAAAGUGUGCUACAAGCUGACCGGCUACCAGAUUGACAUGACUACAGAGAACCAGUACCGGCUCACCUCGGUUUAUGCUGAGCACGGUGAAGACUGCUUGAUCUUUAAGGCAUCCAGAUCCCCCCAUGCAAAGAUGCAGCUGCUGGAAACCGAGUUUUCACGGACAGUCCAGGAGCUGAUCGACCUCCACCUGCUGCAGCAGGACAGCAUCCCAGCCUUCCUCAGUGCUGUCACCCUGGACCUCUUCAGUCGCCAGACCAUGGCCUAGUCCUGCUUUGGCUGUUCUGUUUCUUCUCACCUAAGUUGCAGUUUUCCAGUUUCUGCCUUUAAUGGUUUCUCAAAGAAGGGGCCAAAGAGAUCUCCCGCACCACCUCUUCUUACUCAUAUU